GUACACGGGUCCCCUGCUGGAGGAGGAAGCCUUGAACAAAGCAGCAGAAAAUGGAUUGUCUUCACCAGAAUUUUUUGAGCUUUGUGUUUGGUUAGGUUCCCAAAUAAAGUCACUUUGUAAUAUGGAGGAGAGCAUCACUUCAACAGAUGGUGUUAAAGACAUAGAGAGUUUCCAGCUUGAGAUUAGUGGCUUUCUGAGGGAAAUGUCUUGUCCGUAUUCAUCACUUAUAUCUGGAGACAUCAAGGACAGAUUAAGAGAGAAAGAAGAUUGUCUUAAACUCCUCUUAUUUCUAAGUACAGAACUUCAGGCUUCAAAGAUAUUGCACAACAAGAAAAUAAAAGGCUCUCAUUUGGAAAAGCACAAUGAAAUCAAUCGGGAAGUGCAAGCUAUUUGUGAUGCACUGGGUCUGCCAAACUCUUUGUCUUCUGGUAUUCUUCCUUUGUUAACCACUGUGGAACAAAAGAUAAAGGACAUUCUCUCAAAAGUUCAAAAUAACCAUGUGGGGAAAUCACUGCUAACAAAACCUCUGAACUCUGACCAAGUGGAAAGAUUGGAAAAAAUCAAUGAUGCUCUUGGCAGUGAGUAUGAAUGUCGACGCCGUAUGUUAAUAAAGAGGCUCGAUGUGACUGUACAGUCUUUUGGCUGGUCUGAUAGAGCAAAGGUAAAAACAGAUGAAAUAGCUCGUAUCUAUCAGCCCAAGCGCUACGCGUUAUCUCCAAAGUCAACCAUUACCUUAGCUCACCUUCUUGCUGCUCGAGAAGAUUUAUCGAAGAUCAUAAGAACAAGUAGUGGAUCAACACGGGAAAAUACCAUCUGUGCUAUCAACAAGGUUCUGAUGGGGAGAGUACCUGACCGUGGAGGCAGACCAACAGAGAUUGACCCACCUCCUCCUGAAAUGCCUCCUUGGCAAAAAAGACAAGAAGGUGGUGGAAGAGGUGGCUGGGGAGGUGGUGGCGGUGGAAGGGGCAACUGGGGAGGUGGAGGGGGUAGAGGAGGAGGAGGUGGAGGUGGAGGUGGUGGUUUCAGAGGUGGUGGGAGAGGUGGAGGUGGUUUCCAGGGUGGAGGUGGUUUCCAAGGCAGAGGUGGUUUCCAGGGUGGCAGGGGAGGUUAUGGUGGCAGGGGAGGCUAUAGUGAUCCAUAUGGUGGAAGAGGAGGGGGAGGAUACCGAAGAUACUAA